UUUCUCUCAAAUAAACCGCCUUGCUACAUGCGCUUCUUAAAUUAGCAAAGGCUUAAAGGUGAUGAGUGUAGGUUAGGGGUGGCAACUUUUCCUUUUUCCUCACUUGGCUUCAGUUAAAGUUAGAGAGAGAGUAAGGAGGGAAUUCUGGGGUAUUCCAAUGGUUAAAGCAGGUUUAUAGUUCAAUCCCACUGUGACAGUUUCCUCUUUUCCUCCCCCUUCUCUUUCUCCUCCCCCUUAACUACUUCUUCUUCUUCUUCUUCUUCUUCUUCCUUCUCUGCACCAAUUUAUUCCUAUUUUUUUCAAAAAGAAUAAUAUUUAAUUUCCUCUUUUGGGUUCACCUGGGUUUUUAAUUCCAAAACAUCAGAUCUCAAGCAAGUUAGAUUCAGAUACACAAAGAUAGAGAGAGAGAGAGAGAGAGAGAGAGAGAGAGAGAGAGAGAUAGAGAGAGAGAGAGGAUCGGGAUAUGUGCAGUGUGGGGGUGUUAUUAUAUAAGUUGGAAAAGGAUAUAUUCAAGUGUUUAGUGAGAGAAAUUAGGAGUUAAUUCGGAAAGGAGAAAUGAAUAAGAACAAUUUGGGAUCCAUAAGUAACACUGAUCUCAUCGAUGCCAAGCUCGAAGAGCAUCAGCUCUGUGGAUCCAAGCAGUGUCCCGGUUGCGGCCACAAGCUUGAAGCAAAGCCGGACUGGUUAGGUCUACCAGCAGGAGUGAAAUUUGAUCCAACAGACCAAGAACUGAUAGAACACCUUGAAGCCAAAGUUGAAGCCAAAGACAUGAAAUCUCAUCCUUUGAUAGAUGAGUUCAUCCCCACCAUUGAAGGAGAAGAUGGGAUUUGUUACACCCAUCCUGAGAAACUUCCAGGAGUUACUAGAGACGGACUGAGCAGGCAUUUCUUCCAUAGACCGUCGAAAGCUUACACCACUGGUACAAGAAAGAGAAGGAAAAUUCAAACCGAAUGCGACCUACAAGGUGGAGAAACAAGAUGGCACAAAACCGGCAAGACCAGGCCGGUUAUGGUGAAUGGGAAGCAAAAAGGGUGCAAGAAAAUCUUAGUCCUCUAUACCAACUUUGGUAAGAACCGAAAACCCGAAAAGACUAACUGGGUCAUGCACCAAUACCAUCUUGGUCAACACGAAGAAGAGAAGGAAGGCGAGCUUGUCGUCUCCAAGAUUUUCUAUCAGACUCAGCCCAGACAAUGCAACUGGUCGGAUCGAAGUGCAUCCACCACUGCCGAUGGAACCAGUGAUCCCAACAGCCGACGAGAUAGUGGUAGCGGCAGCUCUUCUUCUAAGGAAAUAAUUAAUAUUCCUCAUAGAGAUAACCAUGAAGUUGCUGCUGCUAUUCCUAAUUAUGCAGCUAUGGAGAUUCAGCACAUGAAGUCAGAUCAUUUCAGCUUUGUUCCCUUCAGGAAAACUUUUGAUGAGGUGGGGAUAGGAGAGGCUUCGACGGGAAGGGAAGGACCAGGAGCAGCUGGUGGCACGUGCGAGGACUUGGGAGCUGAUCAGCACCACAGAUCACAUCAUAUGGGCCACGAUCAUAUCCAACAACAACAACACCAUGCACAUCAGAUUGCCACCGCGGCCUUCCAUAUCGCCAGGCCUUCACAUCCCAUCUCUAACAUCAUCUCUCCUCCUCCCCUCAACCAUACCUCCAUCAUUCUCGAUGAGGACUCUUACCACGUCUCCCGAAUAAUGCUUCAAAAUCAAAGUUUUCAGCAGCAGCAGCAGCAGCAACAACAACAACAGCAUCAUAAACUAGGGGGGAGGUCUGCAUCUGGUUUGGAGGAACUCAUAAUGGGUUGCACUUCAACUGAUAUCAAGGAAGAGUCAUCUGUUCCAAACCCUCAAGAGACAGAAUGGCUCAAGUACUCCUUCUGGCCUGACCCUGACAACCAGGAUCAUCAUGGGUAGGAUCAAAAAAAGAAAAAAAAAUUAUACAGUAGAUAAAAUAAAACUUUGAAAAAAAAAUUUGUUGUAGCAGCUAGACACCAUCAUUAUCUCAUCGAUCAUCAUUAUGAAGCCUCCUUCUUCAAGUUCUUUCUAAGAAGAGGCCAUGCAUAUCUAUACUUUGCUCUUUAAUUUGUUUCUUUUUCCUUGUUUUUUUCCUUUUUUUUUUCCUUUUUGUUUUCGCUUCUCUUGGGAUGGGGGGGACCUGGUUUAGAAGGUCUCGACUUGAAAAUGGCUGUCAUCAACUCCCAACUCAUGAACUAACUCCCUGCAACGAUAUCCAUGUUUGGAAGAAAGAGCAGGUUGAAAAAGAAAAAAGAAAGAAAGCCAAGAAAGGCUGCUACCUCUCUACUGACAGUAGAAGGAGAACCAAACAGUACCCAAAA